AUGCAGUCGGAAACGGCGCAAAUCCCGAUCAAAGUUGUGGUUGUGUCAAUGUUCGAGCAUGGAGAACUCAGCGGCGACAGACCCGGUGAGUUUCAGUUCUGGGUUGAACGGUUACCUUUGGCAAAGCAACUCGACUUUCCGCUUGGACCUUAUCCACUUCGUAUGAAUGAAGCUGGUGUGCUUGGCGUCUGCCUGGGGGGUGGUAUUGCCAACGCCGCAGCGACGAUAAUGGCGUUGGGAUUGGACUCACGUUUUGAUUUUUCACAAAGUUACUGGCUUGUAGCCGGCAUUGCCGGGGGCGAUCCCGAGGACAGCACGCUGGGCAGCGCGGUUUGGGCCAACCAUAUAGUUGACGGUGAUCUGUUAUAUGAAAUUGACGGUCGCGAAAUCCCUGCUGACUGGCCUUACGGCAUGAUCCCUCUGGGUGCAGAGCGCCCUGCCGAAACGCCACAGGAUACGUCCACCGGUUGGACACUGGAUACGAUCCACUUUGCUUUGAACGCAGAUCUUGCACGCUGGGCUUUUGAUCUCACAGAGCAGAUUAAAAUUCCCGACUCACCGGGACUGCAGCGCGGGCGGGCAGGGUACACGGGGUUCCCGGCAGCACUCGCACCACCUGUUGUCAUGAUGGGCGACACGCUGUCAUCCAGUACUUAUUGGCACGGUGCCCUGUUGAAUGAAUGGGCGAAUGACUGGGUGCCCCUGUAUGCCGGUGACGAAGCUGAGUUUGUCACCACGAAUAUGGAAGACAGUGGCACGCUGACGGCGCUUGAGCGGCUGCACGAGAUUGGUAAGGUCGAUCUGCAGCGGGUCAUGGUUUUGCGCACGGUGAGUAAUUUUUCCAUGCCGCCUCCUGACAAAACCGCUGCCUGGAGUGCAACUGCUGAAUAUGCUGACAAGGGAGUGUGCCUGCAGGGACGACUGCGUCAGCAGCACCCAGCGCUUCAGUGGGCGAAUGAGGUGGUACAGGCACAGGACUGGUUCGAAGCCUUUAAAGAUCGUGCGACGCCGGCGCAACUUCACCAGUUCUUGUAUGUCAUGCCCAAAGGUGGGGAUCUGCACCUGCACAUUACCGGUUCCGUGUUGUCGGAAUGGAUUUAUGCUAUUGCGCUUGAGCAGUCAGCUAAUGGUUAUCGUUACUAUUCCAAACACAAAAUCGAAAAUUGUCCAAGUGGAUUGAUUGGUGGUCGAAGCACGCCUUACCUUAUGCUUUAUCAGACCGUUGAUCAGGUGGGUUACGAUGCACUCGACGCCUGCGAACAACAGGAAUACGUUGCGCUGGAUGAAUUCACCCCCGUGCAGAUUGAACGCUGGCAGAACGGCUUGCGUCUGGAUAAGCCUUACGAAGGGCGAGAUGAGUUUUUCAGUAAACACUGGGAGCGAUUGGGUGAUCUGGUCCGCAACCCAUAUGUGGUGGGGGAAUUUCUGGUGCGUAACAUGCAGGCCUUUGCCGCCGAAGGUCUGGUCUAUAUGGAGCCUCAGGUGCCGAUCUUUGGCUUUCGAAAAGCGGAUGGCCAGACCCUUACGCCGGAUGACGUGAUGGCCAUAUAUAUUGAUCGUCUCGCCCGGAAGGACGCCCUGGACACGGGUAUGACCCUGCGGAUGCAGGUGUCUUUGCUGCGCUUUUUACCAGACGCCGAAGAGAUUCUGACCUACCUUUACAAAUUCGCCCAUGCUUAUGAGCAGGUGGUCGCGGUUAAUUUUGUGGGCCGCGAAGAUAACGACAAAGGUUAUCCGCUGCGGUUUCUGGACACCUUGCGAGAGCUGCGCAAGACCUACAGCGGCGUGCAACUGUCGAUUCAUGCGGGGGAGGUGGAUGAACCGAAUUACCAUGUCCGCGAUACUCUGUUGUUGGGUGCGGACCGGAUCGGUCACGGCGUUAAUCUCAUCACUGAUCCAGGUACCCUUAUCGAUAUGCGUUAUGGCCCUUAUCUGGUAGAGGUAAAUCUGAUUUCCAAUCUGCUGCUUGAAUAUGUCACGCAAUAUGACCAGCACCCGUUUCCUGAAUAUCUGCGCACUGGUGUACCUGUGGCCUUGUCGACCGACGACCGGGGCAUGUGGGAUUCGACAAUGACAGAUGAGUUUUUUGUGGCGGUCACUGAGUUUGACCUGAGUUGGGACGAGAUCCUUACCCUGAGUCGAAACUCGCUGUCAUACAGUUUUCUUGGUGCUGCUGAAAAACAACGUGUUCUGGCACUUUACAACAAGCGUAUCGAGCGUUUCGAAAAAGACUUUCUGCGCAAGGGUGACAAAGUCUUCGCAGAUGCGCAGCCACCCCGUCUCGGGAAGCAGAUGAUGCAGAUGGUGUUGAAGUAUGUUGUGGGCGCUGUGGUGAGCUUAGGUCUGCUGUUCGGUUGCACGCAGACCAAGCAGGAACAGACAACAGCAGUGGCGGAAAAACUGCCGGUCAAAAUAGUGGUGGUCACCAUGUUUGAGCGCGGCGCCAUUGAAGGCGACGAACCAGGCGAGUUUCAGUUCUGGAAGGAGCGUCGUGAGCUGGAUCAGAAGUUUGAAUUACCCCACGCCCACCACGACCUCUACUACAACGCAGACAGCCAGAUCCUGGGUAUGAUCACCGGUGUUGGCACCGCCAAAGCAGCUGCCUCGACCAUGGCGCUUGGACUUGAUCCACGUUUUGACCUGACACAGGCUUAUUGGUUAGUUGCUGGCAUAGCAGGGAUUGAUCCAGAAGAUGCAUCCAUCGGCUCUGCUGCCUGGUCGGCUUAUCUUGUGGACGGUGAUCUCGGACACGAGAUCGACAUCAGAGAAGUGCCUGAGGAUUGGGACGUCGGCUAUUUUGCGCGCCGUACCCAAAAACCUUUUGAUCCGAAUAAACCGCAACCCAAUGGCGAGAUGUUUCUGCUCAAUGAGCAGCUGCGUGAUUGGGCGUUCGAGCUGACGGAAUCCGUUGUGUUGCCGGAUCUGCCUGGGCUUGCGAAAACACGAGAACAGUACACCAAUCACCCCAACGCACAGAAACCUCCGUUUGUGCUCAAAGGUGGUCACAUUGCUGCACUGACCUUCUGGCAUGGUGCAAUGAUGAACGACUGGGCGAACCGGUGGGUCAGCUACUGGUCUGACGGCAACACCGAUAUGGUUACCUCGGCAAUGGAGGAAACAGGCACCUAUCUGUCGAUUGAAUACCUGCACAAUUCAGGUCUUGUCGAUAAGCAUCGAUUUAUGGUUUUAAGGGCGGGUAGUAAUUACACCAUGCAGCCGCCAGGGGUUGGUGCCGCGGAGAAUCUGUUACGUGAAAAUGAAGGCUAUGCCGGUAUGGAGGCGUCGUUAGAGUCGCUGUAUCUGGUGGGUUCCGUGGUUAUCGAUGAGUUACUUGAUAACUGGGCUCUGUAUGCCUCCACGAUCCCCUCUCCGGAGAUGUCAGAGACAAUCGAUUAG